GAGGGAGGUUUGAAUCUAAACAGCGUUCGCGGUGCGGUGUGGGGCGGCGGUGGCAGCAUGGACAGAACCCGGAAAGAGAACCGCCCCGGCCUGCCCGCACAUAGUGCCAAGAUUCCAGCCCACGUUGGGGAUGGCCCAAAACGAGUCCCCGUCUCUCAGCUUCCUCAGAGUCGAGUCCCUGGAGGCGCAGCCCAAGCACAACGUGUCUUGUGUCCUUCAAACUUGGCUCAGCGAGUUCCUGUACCAUCACAAGCUCCAAAGACUGCAGCGUCUAAUCAGAAACUAUCUCAUAACCAGCGGAUGCAGCAGCCUCAGCCAACAUGUGUAGUUCAAUCAUCUUCUAGGCCUCAGGCUCCAAAUAAUAAUGAAAAGCCUCAUCAUGUCCCAGUAUCUGCAAACCAGCCUGAAAAAGAAGGUACUUCUAAACCGAAAAAUCAAGAGACUAAAAAGAGGCAGUGGUCUCUUGAUGACUUUGAAAUCGGCCGUCCUCUGGGAAAAGGGAAGUUUGGAAAUGUAUAUUUGGCUCGUGAAAAACAAAGCAAAUUUAUUCUGGCACUGAAGGUGCUGUUUAAAUCUCAGCUGGAGGAAGCUGGAGUAGAGCAUCAGCUGAGGAGAGAAGUAGAAAUACAGUCUCAUCUUAGACAUCCCAACAUUCUCAGACUGUAUGGGUAUUUUCAUGAUGCCACAAGAGUAUACCUUAUUCUAGAGUAUGCACCUCGUGGAGAAGUCUACAAAGAGCUACAGAAGCUUACGAAGUUUGAUGAGCAAAGAACUGCUAAUUACAUCACAGAGUUAGCAGAUGCUCUAUCAUACUGUCAUUCAAAACGUGUGAUUCAUAGAGAUAUCAAACCAGAAAACUUGCUUCUUGGCUCAAAUGGAGAGCUGAAGAUGGCAGAUUUUGGAUGGUCUGUGCAUGCUCCAUCAUCUAGGAGGACCACUCUUUGUGGAACACUUGACUACUUGCCUCCUGAGAUGAUUGAAGGAAGAACACAUGAUGAAAAGGUGGAUAUCUGGAGCCUGGGGGUUCUGUGCUAUGAGUUCCUUGUGGGAAAACCUCCUUUUGAGGCAGAGACAUAUCAGGAAACUUACCGAUGUAUUUCAAAGGUUGAAUUCAGAUAUCCUCCCUUUUUAUCAGAAGGAGCUAAAGAUCUAAUUUCAAAGCUUCUAAAACAUAAUCCAUACCACAGACUACCACUUAAAGAUGUUCUUGAACAUCCAUGGAUUAGGGAGAACUCUACAAAAUCACCUGCUAGCAGAGUGAGUGAGGCUGCGGGCAGUCAAAAGAGCGAAGCUAACAACAAAACGUAGUCUUGGCCAGGUGGCUAUCCUCCUUUUGUAAAAGGAUUGAACAAAAUGAGAGCCUUGUAACUGUGCUCAUCAUGCAACCAAGUCCAGGUCACGGCUUAAUGAACAGUGCAAUAACACAUCCCAGAGAUGCCUGUGGUCUUUGUUUUUUAAUUUAUUGGGCUGCUAUUGGCAUCUGAAAUGUGCAGUGAUCCGAAGCUGAAUGAAACAUGAACACACUUCCUAGCAAUUGUCAUAACAAUUAUGUUUGAAUUUCUUUUUUCUUUUUCUUGUUUUUAACUGUCAGUCCUGUUACUGUGGUGAGGUAAUCGAAAUUUUAAAUAAAUAAACUCUGGUUA